CUUACAAAAAAGUUAAAAAAUUAAAAGUCUCACAAUAUUGUUACAGUUUUUACUUUGUCAAAAUUUCUUCCUUGCUGCAGGUAGUUGUCGUCCCGUCUUAGCUAUUAUGUGAGAAGCUUGCUGAUCGCCUCCAACUGUUUGUGUUGUGAUCUUUCAAAAUGCAGACUGCAUCGAGCUCGUUGGCAGUCCCUAUCAUAUUAUGGGGGAAUCGUUGCCCCACUCACUGUAUAUCCAGCAUCCUGAUAUCCCCGCAGCAGGAUGUCUGCGUUACGGGCUCCCACGAUGGUCAGAUGUGCCUCUGGAACUUGAAAUCCAACACAUUCAAGGCUACGCCAAGCAGAAUUUUCGUGGGCCAUACCAGAGCCGUCACGUGUUUGGCAUGGCUUUCGCCCGCUGCCAAAUCUUUCUUCAGCUGCUCCGAAGCAGGGGAGAUGAGUUUAUGGGAUCUGGACGACUCAUCUUGCACAGAAGCAGUUACUAGCGGCUUUGUGCAUACGAUGGCUCAGGCGUACAAUUUGGUCGGGCGACGAUCUGGACAAAUAUUUUGUAAUGGCUACUAUCCAGACAUCAUGGUUUAUGAUGCUGCAUCUCUCAGCCUGCUUUUUCGAUUAUCAUCGAAAAUUAAUUCGGAUUGGAUCACGUCUGUUAUUGUGAUGAAGCCUGCCCAGUCCGCAGAUGACGUGGUGGUUGGACUGUCUCUGUCUGGCUCCAUGAAAGUUUGGACCAUUCCACCAGAUUUUAACGGUCAGGGAAGGGAAUUCAUCUUCGAAAACGAAUCUAAGCAGUUGCGCGUCCAGAAUGCUUGGACUCUUAAAUCUUGUCCGACGUUUCCACGAACUAUGUUAAUCGUUUCACCAACCACGUGGCAAAUCUACGAUGCCGGGGAUUUUUCUCUGUUAUGCAGCACGCAUGUUCCCAAGGGACUAUACUGGGGCGGCGGAGAUUUCCUUAACACGGAACAGGUGGUGAUUUAUGCCACGGAUGGUACAGCGUAUCUGUAUCGACUUCCGGCCAAACGCGUUGCGCGAGUACCGUUUCCAGGCUCGGAUGCAAACAACCAGCAGUUCCGGCGCACAGUCUCCACAAGCGAAAAAGAGUUGGGUGGCUCGCUGUUCGGAAUCCUGAAAAUUCCUAAUGCUACGCCUUUAUCCUGCGAGCCUUCAUGGACUAUUUUCCGGUCAGCUUCGGCGACUGGCGAGUAUCCUUUCCACGUGACCAGUUAUGUGAUUCGUGGCGAUGCUCGGGGCCGGAUUUCCGUAUGGGCCAUCCCAGAAUAUACCAAAGAUCAGUUGACAGCCCUCAUCAACAGUGGCGGGGAAGUCACUGAGCAUGCACCCUUUGAAAUCACCUCCAUGGACGCUGAAUGGGAUCGUUUGACCAGGCGGCAGCCUGGCAUAAUUGACCGGGCGGAAUUUGAUGAUGGCGGAUCGUUCAAAAUUACGUCUAGUCUGUACGUUUCCAUGCACGGGAGAAUGUUUUUGGGAAUGGAAGACGGUGCCAUUAUUAUGCUCCCGCUAAUGCAAAAAUUGUGCAUUCAAUUUUUUAUUGGAAAAAAGACCCCAGAAAUGCCAGUUUAUCGUAUUUUACGGGGUCACGAAGGCAAAGUCACGGCACUGUUGUAUCCUCAUCAGGAUGAUCCCCGUUAUGACCCAGGCAUGUUAAUAUCGGGUGGCAUAGAUUUCACGGUGCGUGUUUGGGAUUUAUACCAGUGCCAUCUCCAGCAUACAUUUGUAUGCCAAGCUGGCGAGAUCUUGCAGCUGCUGACACCUCCAUCUGGCUGCAAUACUCGCGUCUUGAAUAGUAUUUGCUCUAUAGCCAGCGAUCAUUCAGUCGCUUUGCUGAGUUUGAAGGAACGCAAAGCCAUCAUGAUGGCCAGUCGGCAUGUAUUUCCUAUCCAGGCGGUUAAAUGGCGUCCGGUGGACGAUUUUCUCCUGGUGCAGUGUUCCGACGGCACGGUGUAUGUUUGGCAGAUGGAAACUGGCCAUUUGGAUCGGGUGGUGCAGGGCAGCGCCGCAGAGGAUAUUAUGAAAGCAUGCGAUGAGCAGCUUGGCGAGGCGGGUGGAUUCGGUGAGGAUAUCGCGGCUAAUCCGACUUUGCAUCUCUUCCGGGCGUUAAAGCAUCGCAAUAUGGAUGCAGCGCGGCAAGCAGCCAAGCUUGGGUUGAAAAACAUGUCAGCUGCGGGUGGGAACUCUGCGGCGGCUGUUGAGGCUUGGGCGAAAGGGUUCGGUUGCCCCUUGACUGUUCAAGCUGUUCGAAGCAACUCGCUGGAUCAGGAAAACCAUCUGCUGUUAUUUGACGUUGAGGCACUAAUACUGCAAUUAUUGGCCGAAGAAAACCGUGGAGAGACCUCCGAUCCGGCCAAGGCCACCCCUCGCAUGGAGCCAAAAACCGGAUCCGAUUGGAAAUCCACAUCCGUCAUUCCGGGUGCUGCAAGUGUGACUGGUGGUGCCGAAGCAGCAAAGCCAGCAAAACACAUCGCUUUCGCUCCAGAGGGUAUGAGUAUGGCCAUGGAAGUUGCGCAGAUCCUGAUAUCAUUGCUCUAUGCAUGGGGACUGGAUCACGAAAUGGAUAAGCUCUGUGUAGAAAAACUGGGCAUGCUGCAACCAAAGCAAGCGGUUAACUAUGGCAUUAUGUCCAAGACUGGAUUCAUGACCCUUUUGCUGCCCACACCAUUGCACCGCAAAAGUAUUGAACUACCGCAGCCACAGGAACGAAUUCGCGAUAUGCUAUCCAAUCUGACACGCAAUCAUUGGUCACUAUCGUCAACGUUGACCACAGUGCAUCUGAUGACAAUCGUAUCGGUGGCUAAUACACUGAUGAAUAUCCAGAAUGCGACUUUCCACCAGGAUUACGAAAAGCGAAGAAAACUUCAUAAGCGGUUGGUCCGAAUGGACACCUCGGCUGUGACUUCCUCUGGGCUUCCCGAUGCCACACAGGGUCUGGGUGGGUAUACCACCAGUGAUGUGGCUCAGACAUUCGUGGAGCAGCAAGCUCUGAUCAAGCAAACCUGGUCGCAGUUGACGGCUAUGCAUUGUGUACUGCUGUCCGAACGCCUCGGUUACGAAAACUAUAAACCACCGGAUGUGGAGAUUCUCAUUCGGCGCUGGCAGGACCGCUGCCUGGAGAUUCGCACAGGUGCACAGGCUUUGAUCCUAUCCGAACUGCGACGCAUGGGCACUCAUGGCCGGCGGCGGCUGAUCGAGAGAUGGGCUGUCUACUUGCCGAAUUUCCAAGAAAGUGAAAAACCCCCUGUAUUCGAAGUCAGACCGAUGCCUCCCCCGGUUGCCGUGGCUGAAACUCCUGCUUCGGAGAAUGCUCCUGAGGCUGGUGGAGAUGAUGAUUUUGAGGAUCUGCAGAAUGAUCCGCUGCUUGCAACGGAUCCUAAUUUGCCCAGUAUAUAUUCAGUCGAAUACAGGAAAAAGCAGAGCGUUGCGAUUUUGUUGUUGGGUAUCAUCGGAGCUGAAUUUGGAGCGGAAACCCUAUCGCCCGUACGAACUCCAACUGGAGACAGGACGCCAACCGGGCGCCCGGACAACCUGCAGUUUACCGACCCGGUUAUUCGCCUCGUGGGGAAAGCGUUGAGCUAUAUCGUGGUGAAUCAAGACGAGAAACUGCAGCCUUAUAGUUCCUUACGACGUUCCGCUGUGGAUCUGCUGGGUCGCGGUUUCGUGGUAUGGGAACCGUUUCUGGAUGUCGGACAUGUACUGCUAUCCCUGUUACGGUUGACCCUGGAUGUGGAACGACCACCCGCAAAUCUUCCUGCUUCGGUACCAUUGACACCAGCAGCCGAUAUGGCUCGUGCUGCACGGCAAGCAUUGGACAUGAUAGCCUCAGCCCGACCGCCGGUCUUUAUUACAGUCACCAAUAUGGAAAUUACCCGCCAUAAUUCCUUAAUUCAAAGUGCGCAAACGCUGAACAUCAAUCUGAACAACGCCGUAAUUGUACGCGCUAAAGAAGAACUGCUGCGAACGUUGGAUCUGCUGAUAAAUAAGAAUCCCCAGAGUGUUGCCGAUCUUAUUGUCGAGGUAAUCGAUGUCGUAAUUCACUGCCUGGAUCCAGGUCGUAUCAAAAACAGCGGUCUCGUUGAACUGUUCCCUCCCAUUGGUCGCUUCCCAAUGGUAGCCUACUGCAAACAAAAUCGUCGGGUAGCGGUUGGAUCGAAAAAGGGUGGAGUUUUCAUUUACGAAUUGCGUGGAAUGAAAGUCCAAUCGUACAGCGGACACGGGUUGGCGGUGGCGGCCAUUGAAUUUGCACCAGACGGCAAACAUUUCGCUAGCUUUUCUCUCCGUGAAGGCAAGCUUUUGUUCUGGCAGAUUGGAGCUACACUGUUCGGGUUGGGCUCCACACAGCCGCGCUGUGUUAAAACCUGCAAAGCCAAUACGGUGCUGUGGCAGAACUGGCCUGAAUUGAAGGAACAUAUGGAAUAUCGGCUAGCACGAUUGCGCUGGAUUACUAAUAAGGACGUGUUGUGUAUGCUGAUUAAUGGGAAGGAAGAAAAGUUCUCCCUUUGAGCGGUGUUCAGCUGGUGAUUGUGUGGAACCGUUGCACUGGUAAUAAUGAAUCUUCAUGUGGUAUGCAUUCCGUUUGUGGUUUGUGAACAUGUUUUAUUCAGAAGCAGCUGUGUGGACAAUUUUUGUUUGUGAUGCUGUUGUUUUCUAAGUCUUAUGCAAAUUUAAUGCGUUUUUGAGCGACCCUGUGAAGUUUUAUUUGGUUUUAUUUGUUGUAAUUUGUGAAUGACAAUUCCGUUUUUGUGUUUAUACGGGUCUUUUAUCAGGUUUUCACUCAUGUCUUCAUAUGCAAGUUUUACAGAAAACAAAUCAGCGCUUUCGAAGUAUAUUGAACAACAGCUCUGUAAAAAAAGCAA